UAAUCUGACAGCUCUCAUAUCCCCAAAAAUUCCCUUUGGUGCCUCACAUGCGCUUAUAGAGAUUUAGGACUAAAGAGGCGCAGAAGAGAUGAGACCCAAAGCUGCUUUAGGGAAAGCAAUAAUAGUGCUGUGCCUUGCCAGCUUUCUUGCAGGCUCACUGUUCAUGAGUCGAACUUUGAGUCGCUCUUACGUGCCUGAAGAAGAGGAUCAACAUCUCGCAAACCACUUGUCCAAAAAAUUAGAGAUUCAAAAGGACUGCGAUGAACAUAAACGCAAAUUGAUAGAAAGCAAAUCUAGAGACAUAAUAGGAGAAGUAUCCAAAACCCACCAAGCAGUAAAAGCAUUGGAGAGAACAAUGUCAACAUUGGAGAUGGAGUUAGCAGCAGGACGUACCAUCCAGAGAAGCAGCGAGUUCUGGAGCGAACGUACCGCGAAAAACCAGAGCAUGCAGAAAGUUUUUGCAGUGAUAGGCAUCAACACAGCUUUCAGCAGCAGGAAGAGACGAGACUCAGUGAGGCAGACAUGGAUGCCAACAGGAGAAAAGCUUAAGAAAAUCGAGAAAGAUAAAGGCAUUGUUGUAAGGUUUGUGAUAGGACACAGUGCAACACCAGGAGGAGUAUUAGACAAAGCAAUUGAUGAAGAAGAUUCAGAGCAUAAAGAUUUCUUGAGGCUAAAACACAUUGAAGGAUAUCACCAGCUCUCGACAAAGACAAGGCUCUACUUCUCAACAGCGACUGCAAUGUGGGAUGCAGAGUUCUACGUGAAGGUGGACGAUGAUGUUCAUGUGAACUUAGGGAUGCUUGCUACAACACUUGCGAGAUAUCAAUCAAGACCGAGGAUUUACAUCGGAUGCAUGAAGUCUGGUCCUGUUCUUUCACAAAAGGGAGUGAAGUAUCAUGAACCAGAGUUUUGGAAAUUCGGAGAAGAAGGGAACAAGUACUUCAGGCAUGCGACUGGACAGAUUUACGCAAUCUCUAAAGACUUAGCUGCGUAUAUAUCCACUAACCAGGGAAUACUGCACCGGUACGCGAACGAGGACGUGUCGUUAGGAGCGUGGCUGCUAGGUUUAGAGGUUGAGCAUGUGGACGCGAGGUCGAUGUGUUGCGGGACGCCGCCGGAUUGUCAGUGGAAAGCUCAGGCGGGGAACGUUUGUGCAGCGUCGUUCGAUUGGUCUUGCAGUGGGAUUUGUAAGUCCGUUGAUCGGAUGACACGGGUACACCGAGCUUGUGCUGAAGGAGAUACUCCUCUCUCUAAUUUUCGUUUCUUCUUCUGAGUUUUUUUUUUAAAUUUUAAAUUGAAGUUUGCUUAAUUAGUUUGGUAGUGUAUGAAUAAGGAAAGGUUACAGUAAUAAAAAAAAGAUCUGCAAGAUA